UCGAAGGCAAGCGAAAUCCUCAAGUUGCGAACAGUGGAGUUCGCUCACGAGCGUCGAAGACCUAGGCCUAGCGUCGCAGAGCACACUUGACACAACAGACAACCACACCACGCUAGCCAAAACGUGGCCUGCGCAAACAAACAAACAAAAUGGCGCCGCUCCGGAAACUCCGCCGGAGGCGGAAGUGCGGCGAUGAACAUAGCCAGCGUGGCCAGACCAAAUCGGUGUGCGACGACUAGAUUCGGCUAGUUGUGCUUCAAAGCGGUGAUAUGCUUCGGCUGCAAGUGGAUUUCCUUCUCAAGGGCGCUGCGCGAGGAGCCAAAAAAUUCCUUCCGUCCGUCAAAAAGUCAGGAAAAUUGGACGGCGGGGGGUUCGAGCGUCCGAAACUUCAGAUGUCCUUAUACAUUGAUUCUAUGGGGCUCGUGGCGGUGCCGCGAAGACGUCCGAAAUAUCAGGCAUGUCCGAAAAUUUGGGCGUCCGAAAAUUCAGGCGUUGACUGUAUCUGCAUUUCUGCGACAACUCUCUCCCUCAAAGUGGAGAUAGGCUGUGGAAGUUGCGCCCUGUGCUCGACCACUACUGAAAUGCAUUGACACAGCCUAUGAUCCGGAAGAGUGUCUGGCAGUUGAUGAAGGCCUUAUGAAGUUUCGUGGUCGGCUCUCCUACGUCCAGUUUAACCCUUCGAAACAGGCAAGAUUUGGCCUUAAGUUCUACAAACUGUGCGAGUCUUCAAGCGGCUACUGCCUGAAGUUUUCGAUUUACACAGGAAAAAGUGAGAAGACUCCAGUUACCGCUGGAUUCUUGUGCAGUGAGGCAGUUGUAAUCGACCUUCUAGAAAAACGUCUGCCCGAUGGCCACACAGUGUUUAUGGACAACUGGUAUUCUUCGCCAUUGCUAUUUCGCCACCUAAAGGAAGCUAAUUCGAAUGCUGUCGGCACAGUCCGCCUUCACCGAAAGAACAUGCCGAAGGAUUUCAAGGCGAAGCUGCAAAAAAGGCGAAUGCAAGUCCCUCUUUGCGCGAGGCAUUAUGGCCCUCACUUGGCAGGACAAAAAGCAGGUCACAAUGCUGUCAACCUGCCACAGUUCAACUGGUCUCACUGAUACCGGAAGAAAGGGUCGCAAGAAUGGCUUGCCAGUUCUGAAGCCGCAAGUUGUAAUCGAUUACAACCAAGGCAUGGGUGGAGUGGAUCGAGAGGACCAACAACUGGCUUUCUUUCCAAUUAUGCGAAGAUACGCCAAAGGCUACAAGAAAAUCUUCUUUUAUAUUAUGGACAUUGCUGUUUAUAACAGCUACAUUUUAUCUGCCAAAGCAUCAGGCAAGCGGCUCCACUACACAGACUGGAAAGUGAACCUCGCAGAGGAGAUUUUCGAAGCGGCCGUUUUGCCCCAGUACCAUGGCCGACGUAAACCGCCUGUCGCGGCUACACCAAUGCGGCUGCAGGCUUCCGAGUGGGCUCAUUUUCCUCGCAAUAUCCCACCAAACAAAAUCGAGCAGAAUCCAUCAAGGCUAUGCUUAGUCUGCAAGACACAUGGGAAAAAGUCUGAGAGCCAGUGGGAGUGUGAAAAAUGUGAAGUUGCACUUCAUAUGCCUGUGUGCUUCAAAGCUUUCCAGCUUGGUUAACGUUGGUUGGGACACCCUGUAUACACACUUUAGGUGUGUACUGUGGGGGUCUAGUAUUUCACAAAAGUACUGACCACCGCAUGUUCAGGCUUGAGGAGGCCCUGUGUGUGCUCUCAGGCCGCAAGAGGGGGACACAGUGUUACGCGCUCAAGAAAACGCAGUAUUGUCCCAAGUUAGCGGAAACCAUUUCAGUCCGGCGACACCCAACACUUCACAAAGGCCUAGUCCCAGGCUGACGCGGGAGUUGGAGGGUAUCGCUAGAAAAAAAUCACUGCGGGUAUGCUGCCUGCUCUCACCAUUAUAACCAAUGGGCCCACUCACGAAAGCUCAGGCAAUCUCCAAUAAAUGCAGCUCGGCGCAGUACAAACAUUCGUGAGCACCAGACACCUCUUUGGCUUAGCAUUCGGAAAAGAAUCGGCACAAGGU